CUGUUGAGACUUAUAAAGAGGUUAUUUCCCCUCCUUCUCUUUCGGUUACAUCUCUAUUUCUAGCAUCUUGAUGGAGACUUUUUCUCCAAAGAAAAAACAAACUUUCAUGUCAAUAACUUUUUCUUUGCCAAGAAAUUCUGGCAAAUGAAUUUCUUCUCAAAUCACCAACACCAUUGCAGGCACAUCUAGCUAUCAAAUAUUUCAACUUUCUUGUCACCCAAUAUCUCUGAUUGUUCUGCAUAGUUGUUAAUGUUGAAUGAAUUCCUCCUCAAAUUUUUCAAAUCUUCAUCAAUGGGUAUCUCCAAUUAAUUCCUUUCAAUAUAUUGAACCUUACAAGGUGAGGUCCAGUCUUUCCAUAAUUGAUAAUCCAUCCCCUCAAGGAGGAUAGACCAACAAAAAAAUUUAGCUUCAGAACACACAAAAAGGGAAAUUAGAAAUUGAAUCAUUUUAUAUAACUUCUUUUAUUGUUUGAUGCCAAAAAGGGGUUUGAAAUUUGAAUCCCCUAGGAAUCAUGCAUUAUGCCUUUCCAGCUUACCUUUAAAUCACAACCAGUGUCGAACUCGAUCCAAGGAUCAUCUUUAGUGGAGAGAGUAUCAGAGGAGCUAUUGCCUUUUCCUAGCAAAAGUUCUCAAAGCACUGUGACAUUCAUCUACCAAGCCAAUGUUGCGGGGUAUUCGAGACAUGUGUCAGUGUUGUGGUGCAAAAAUCUCAUGAACCACACAUUAAACCUCAAGGUUGAUAGCACAAGAGGAGACUUCAGUUACACUUGCAAGAUACAGGUUAAGCCAUGGUAUUUUUGGAACAAAAAAGGGUACAAAUCAUUCGAGGUUGAUGGCCACCAGGUGGAAGUCUAUUGGGACCUCCGGUCGGCUAGAUUUGUCGGCAGCAGCCCCGAGCCGGGUAGCGAUUACUACUUGGCAAUGGUGUCAGACGAAGAGGUUGUGUUGUUGCUGGGGGAUCAGAAGAAGAAGGCCUAUAAGAGAAUGAAGAUGAGGCCAAGCAUUGUUGAGGCACUGCUAUUGGUGAAGAGAGAAAGCGUGUUUGCCAAGAAAAGUUUUGCAACAAAGGCCAGGUUUGAUGAGAAGAGAAAAGAGAAUGACAUUGUGGUGGAGAGCUCAACAUUUGGGAACAAGGAGCCUGAGAUGUGGAUCAGCAUUGAUGGGAUUGUGUUGAUUCAUGUGAAGAACUUGCAGUGGAAUUUUAGGGGGAAUCAAACAGUUAUGGUCAACAAGCAACCUGUGCAAGUGUUUUGGGAUGUGCAUGACUGGUUGUUUAGUGUGCCUGGCUCAGGGCCUGGUCUGUUCAUUUUCAAGGCAGGGCCUGUGGAGGUUGAGAGUGAAAAGGAAGAGAGAGUUAAUGAGGGUUGUGACAGUGAUAAUGGUAGUUGUGCCAGUGGCUAUUAUUCAACCCUGAGUUAUGCUCCCUCUGAGUCUUGCCUUGUGCUCUAUGCCUACAAACUUGAGUAAUGUAAUAGUGCAGACGCCAAAUGUAUAAAUAUAAUAAUGGAGUGGGAGCAAAGAGUAGCAAGGAUGUAAAGUUAGUUCUAUCUUUCUUUUUUCUCUUUUUCUUGAUUGUCAUGGAUGCUACCGAUAUUAUAAAAGGAUGCCAAUUGCUUUUGCAAAGUGAAUUGGAAGAUUGGUUAAUUAAAACUUGGAUGCUGCAUGUGAUUAAAAUUUGCA